AGUAAACCUGAUCGUCAAAGAUUUGAUUACUCAGAAAGAUUACUUGCACUGAUACAACAAUUGCAUGAAAUACGUUUCAUUCACCAUGGCAAGAAAUUAUUACUACAUUGAAAGGAAUCAUUGUUAUCGCAUCAUGUAAUGAUAAACUAAUUCAACCAUUGAUUCAAUAUAUACCAUUGGAUUGUAUAAUAGAUUUCACUGAAAUGUCCGAUUUACAACUAACCAAUUCACAAGAUUUGAACAUAAUUAACUAUGUAAAUCUUGAUCAAAAUUCCGUGCUAAACAGCUUUAUUAUGAACUAUAUUAGCGACUGUGGUUAUCAGGAUAACAGAGAUGAAAAUCAGAUUUUGUGUGAUAUAUUUACUGAAGUUCAUUUAUUUGUUUGUCAGUAUGCACUAUCAAAUCAAAAUUCUUCAUUCAAUCAUUUGUACUCAGUUAAUUACUUAUCACAAGCAUUAAAUGUAUGGUUAUACCUUCAUUAUUAUAAACAAAAUAGUAAUGUCAAACAAAAUUUAUUGAAUCAACUAAAUGAAACGAAUCUACUUUUUGAUUCAAUGAAAACUGGUUAUCAAACAUUAGAAAGUCAAAUCACUGAAGCUUAUACUGUUAUCGAGUUAUUGAAGAAAGAUUUAACUAAUUAUCUUGAUAUCUAUCUACCAGAGGCUAGAUUGAAUCAGUCAGAUACAAUGGAACGGUUGAAGUAUUUAGAAAAUGAAACUGAAUGUAAAGAAGGUGAACUAGAACAUUUGAAAAAACCAAUGGGUCGUAUGAGAAAAUUAGCUCAAACUGAAUUUAACAAGUUAAAGGAUCUAUAUCGUAUAGCCGUUCAAGGCUUGCAUGGCCUGUCGAUUGAAGAUUUGGAUGAAAUACGCUCAUAUCGUGAACCACCAGAUGCAGUAAAAGAUUGUGUUUACAUAAUUUGUAUGCUUAUGGAUGAAGAGGAAAACUGGGAAAAUGCCAAACACAUGAUGGUUCCAGUGAAAUUUAUUAGUAAAAUUUUGAAGUUACACACUCAGCUACUAGAUAAAACUAAAUACAGAGAAUUAAGAAGACGUUUGAUUGGUUCAGUAAUACUGACACCAGAAAAUCUACUACAAAUUAGUGUUGCAGCAUCAAGAUUAUGUCAGUGGUUAAGAGCAUUAUGUGAAUGCUGUAAUGCAAAUGAACUUUUACAAAGUCAUAUUAAUAAUUAUUCAUCAGCAGACUCACGAGUUAAUCAAAUUGAAACAAUGCUUGGAAAUCUACACUUAUCCUUACAGUUGACUAAGUUAGAUUUGGAAAUGAUCAACACUCAUUUAACUGAAUGUGAAAAUCAAACCGAACAUCUUUCAGAAGUAUUGAAUGAGGCUAAAUCACUUUCACUAUCUAUACAAUGUAAUCUUGACGAAUUAAUGAACAGUAGUAAUCCGUCAGUUGUUAGCUGGAAAUCUACUGAAUUUUGGCUGAAUAUACUUGGUGCUCUCGGGAUAGUAUAUGUUCAAAUGUUUCCAGUUAAGCACAGAUCUUCACUAUGGAGUCAAGUUAAACAAAUUGUUUGGAAUAAAAUGAAGGAUUACUCGUGUAAAACAAUGAAUACAUUAAAUGAAAACUCACUCAUAGAUAAAACUUUUCUUCAAAAUCUACAAUUAUUUACAAUUAUUCAAAGUCAACCAUAUGAAGUAAUGAGAUGGUUAUCAAGUAGAAAAUUCCCAUUUGAAGUGGGAUUGUUAUAUCAUGAUAAACAAAUCGGGUAUAUACUUGAAGCUGUUCUAGCGAUACGUACAAUAUUAUUAUCAGGAAGAUGUUGUAGUAUAAAGCGUCAAAAUAGAAUCAAAGCGUCAACCUAUAUUCUAUUUAUCUUUGAUCCAGAUAUGAUUGGAAUAGAUAUGGUUAAUUUACUGUUAACUGACUGCAUAGAAGAUGACAACGUUUACUCAGGCAAGAACCAUUCAUUGGUUACAAAUCUAUGCAUAGACUCUGAAAACUUUGUAGAACAUUUUGAGGAAAGUAUCAGAACAGACUGUAUAAUCCAGAUUGAUGUAGAUCAGUACCACAGCUCCAAAGCAAGGCGCAAUAUCAAUUGUUUACUUAAUUUUCACCGUAGUCGAUUGUUUGGCAGAAAUAUACAAGAGAAUUACUCCCAAAUUCUUUUGUACACGACGUAUAGUACAUACACUGAAAUUGGAAGUCGUUGUCUACAAAUAUUCUCUGAGAUUGACUUAAUGCCAAUAGAUUUAGGUUUAUCACACUUGGAGUCAGGAAGUGCAUUAGCUGGAUGCCUGUUAAAUUUACUACCCAACAACAAGAAGUUACUGAACCUACUCCAAGAAAUUCGAAUGAACGAAAUUGAGACGUUUGAAAAGAUAUGUGAAGAUCAGAUCCAAUUACUGAACAUUUCAAAGGAAUUGAUCAAAUUGAAACUAAUCCAUUACGACUCAAACAAACCGCUUACAAAUUCGAAUUCAAUCAAGUUGAAUACAGUUUGUUUAAAUUUAACAAGUCAACAUAUUGAAAUAGUUAAAAUUUACUCACGUAUAUCUAAUAAACAUAUGCGUCUAAAAGAGAUACAAUUAAAACGUGAACAUUUAGAUAAUCAGCUUAGUAUGUUCGCUGCACAAGAUGGUACAAUUGGGUGUAUAGCAAAUUUUACGCGUAAAGUAUCAUUGUUAUUAAGUGUUCUAGAAGAGAGAAGAUUCAAUGAAGAGUAUAUUUCAUUUCGUUGGCCGUGCAAAAGAAUAUGCAAGUAUUUGUCAUCGAGUUAUGAAAACUCGUAUCUAUAUCAUCUAGAGGAUAAACUUGAAUCCAGUUCAUUAUUGGAUUCCAUUUUAAUUCAAGAAAAUGAGAUAAGAGAUGUAAGCCAAUGGAUACUACAUAUUCUUCUGGAGUUCUUUUUGAGUUAUUUGAACAAGCUGAACACCACCCUAAGAUUAAUUUUACAAAUAAUGAUAUGUAUCCACUUCAAUAUACUUCAAUACUUCAAGUUAAAUAGUAAUGAAUUACAAAAUCCAAAUGAUGUACGUGAAAUUCAAUUAUUUAAGCAAAUAGUGUACAAUAAUAUCGUAACAAAUGCAUACGAUGUUCAACAAUGUUCAGACAUCAGUAAAUCGGAUGUUUCAAAUUGUAUUCAACUGUUAGAGGAGAAACUACCAAAUUUAAAGGGUUUGCAGCAAUCAGUCCUGGAUGAACCAUUAUUAUGGAAUGAAACACUUGAGUCAAAUCUAAACUUUAUUCGUCCACUACCUGGAUUCACAGCUACAAAGAAAAUGCCUGAAACACAUGUAUUUUUAGUUUGUAUCGCUAUGAAACCUGAACUAUUCUCAGUCAUCUCAAAAGAAUUUGUAAAUUUUGUAUUGGCUCAAUACGUUAACAUUACCAACAGUAUGGAGCAUACAGACAAUUCAUUUGAAACUGAGAAACGUACGCGUAUCAAGGAAUUGUUUCAACCACAGGUUACCAAACAAAUACGUGGAUAUUAUUCAGAUCAAAAUAGUUUCGUAUCUUCUGCUGUCUAUUUAAUUCUUCCAAAUAAACUGAAUGAUAAUUUUCUCAAUGAAAAUAAUUGUUCCGACAAAGAACCUAAUCCAAACGGACUAUUCGAUGAAGUUCAUACCAUGGCAGUGCAUUCAAACAGAACCUUAUUUUCGAUAGAUUGUUCAGAUAUGACUGAUAUUUCCUACUGGCGUUCAUUAUGUGGACCCGAAACAAAUAAACUUCCGUAUCAAAGAAUUUUAAUUCUUCUUCGAAAUGCACAUUUAAUAAAUAAGAAAAUGGUGAAUGAUGAACAGUUAUACAAAUUACUUCACAAUGACCUUCAUAGUUUAAGGAGAAACAUUCUACAAAGUAGUCAAGAAUCUUUGUGUAAUAAUCAGCUUGGAAUACGUUUCGAUAUUAUAAUCGACUUCACAUGUUGUACAUCAGAGAAAGAGCUAACAUCACUAUAUAAUAAAUUACCAAGUUGGUUGAGAACAAGUUGUUUACCAUUGUUUUUCGAUUACAAAAACGUUCACAUAUCAAACAAAUCAUGGAAAUUGGUGUCAUCAUCUAGUAAUGGAAGUCAGUCAAACAGUCAUUCUCUCGAAAGGUUAAAUCAAUUCAUAAGUGAAGAUUUUUCAUGUCUAUGGUUUCAAGAACACCAUAGAUUUCAUGAAAAAUUGGAGUCCGACAAACUUUACGAAUACUUGUAUAGUAUGGAAGAUUUAGAUAAGCGGAAGAAUUUGAUUGAAGCAAACUGGGUGAAAAUGAAAGAACAACUACAUACACUUGAAACCAUCUUCAGACAACUGGAAAAACAAUAUAAUUCAUCAAUUAUCCAAACAAAAUCAAUAAAAUCUCAAAUCACUUCAACCUUCUUCUUACUACAAACACAAUACUAUGCAUUUGUACAAAAUAUAGAUGGUAAACGUUUGUCAUUGUAUGAUUUCAAAUUUUAUGUCUGGUUAAAGCGUCAAUGGAUUAUAUCAAAGCAUUUUCAUAAAGUAAUGAAUAAAUUGUGUGGUAAUAUUAGUGUUAUAUUAUCAUUUGAAUUGGUUCUGCCUGCUGCUAUAAUUAUAAAUCCCAAAUCAUUGUUCAACUGGAUUAUUUGUUAUAAUUCAAAGAAUUCAAAGCAACAAUAUCGAUUAAUAGCAUCAAUCAUUAAACCAGGUGAUAAAAACUUAUUUAACAAUGGAGUAAUUAUCACAUCUAUCCGCUUAUUGAUUCAUAAGAGUGUAAGAAAUGAAAUCAAUAAACAGUUGAAGAGUAAUUCUAACAAAUUAUUCAGACUAACUGAACCUGUACACCUACGAAUAACUAUUGUGCCAAUUGGAACAUUUAACAACAUGAAUGUUGUCAAUGCUAUAUGGAUUGAAUCAUGGCCACCUAACAACGAUACAGUUUGUACGGAUAUAUCUUUGGUACUGA